UACUUGUUAAUGUAACAGCUACAGCGAGAAUUAAGAUAAAUUCCUUUGAAACAGACAGCUAACAGUUAACAGGCAGCUGAUUAAAAAAAUGAAAACUUUAGAGGACCAGGCUUUGGAGGAUGAAUCGGGGUACCAAGAAGAUGAGGAAUCCUUUUUUCAAGACAUUGAGCUCUUACAGAAACAUGGAAUUAACAUGGCUGACAUUAAGAAACUGAAGUCUGUAGGCAUUUGUACUGUGAAAGGCAUCCAGAUGACCACACGCCGUGCUCUCUGUAAUGUAAAGGGACUGUCUGAGGCUAAAGUUGACAAAAUAAAGGAAGCCGCUGGGAAACUGAUGAUAUGUGGAUUUCAGACAGCAUCUGAAUACAGUGUAAAAAGGAAGCAAGUGUUCCACAUCACAACAGGCAGUCUGGAGUUUGACAAACUCCUAGGAGGAGGUGUGGAGAGUAUGGCCAUUACCGAGGCUUUUGGUGAAUUCAGAACUGGAAAGACUCAACUCUCUCAUACACUGUGUGUAACCGCUCAGCUUCCCGGUGAAUAUGGGUACACAGGAGGAAAGGUCAUCUUCAUCGAUUCUGAAAACACCUUUCGGCCUGAGAGGCUAAAGGACAUAGCUGACAGAUUCAGUGUGGAUCAUGAAGCUGUACUGGAUAAUGUGCUAUAUGCACGUGCAUAUACGAGUGAGCAUCAGAUGGAACUGUUAGACUUUGUUGCAGCCAAGUUCCAUGAGGAAGGAGGUGUCUUCAAGCUUCUGAUAAUAGACUCAAUCAUGGCUCUGUUCCGGGUGGACUUCUCUGGAAGGGGUGAGCUGGCUGAGAGACAGCAGAAGCUUGCACAGAUGCUCUCCAGACUGCAGAAGAUCUCUGAAGAGUACAACGUUGCAGUGUUUGUUACCAACCAGAUGACUGCAGAUCCAGGAGCUGGAAUGACAUUUCAAGCGGAUCCCAAAAAGCCCAUUGGUGGACACAUACUGGCACAUGCCUCCACCACACGCAUCAGCCUGAGGAAAGGACGUGCUGAAUUGAGAAUUGCCAAAAUAUUUGAUAGCCCAGACAUGCCGGAAAAUGAGGCUACUUUUGCCAUCACAGCUGGAGGAAUAACAGAUGCCAAAGACUAAGAAAACAUGUUACAUGUUAUGAGUUCCCCAGUCCUUCAGCGUCUGCAGUAUGUUAAUGAUGGAAUCUGUUCAGAUUGAACCAGUUGUACCUAUUUAUUUACAUGUUUCUCUGUUAUCUAUCUGUUUAUGAAUUGUAUUUAUACUUUAUACACUACACAUCUGUUUAUAUAUUUUGUAAUUUGAAUGGUUCAGUAUUAUUUAUUUAUACAAAGCUAUUUUAAUUCAAUUAAAAUGACAUAAAUCGGUUGAAUAAAAACUAUUGCAGAUA